GAGUGAGUAGAGUUCGUGGCGGUGACGGCGGGAUGGUGCACGUGGGCGCCCCCCUAUCCGCCCCUUUCUCUCUCGGCGCCUCGUCUCCUCGCGCUCGUCGCCGCGCUUCUCUUCUCCCCAAACUCACUCGCCGGCGCUCAAUCAGUGAGUCUUCUUCCUCUGCUCCAAUUCGUUUGUGUUGUCGAUCGCUGGCUUCGUUGAUGGAUCGAAGCCCUAGUCGAUUAGCUCUGGCAUCCAUGGGAGAUGAUCCAAUUCGGGAAUGGAUUCUUACAGAAGGAAAGGCUACACAGAUUACAAGAAUCAGUCCCAUUGGUGGUGGUUGCAUUAAUCAUGCAAGCCGAUAUGACACUGAUUCUGGUUCCUUCUUUGUGAAGACAAACAGAAUCGGACCAUCAAUGUUUGAAGCAGAGUCCCUUGGUUUGAGUGCAAUGUAUGCCACCCAAUCAAUUCGUGUUCCUAUGCCAUAUAAGGUUGGACCUUUACCAACAGGUGGUUCUUUUAUUAUUAUGGAAUUUAUUGAAUUUGGGCCUUCCAGGGGAAGUCAGUCAGUGUUAGGAAGAAAGCUUGCAGAAAUGCAUCAAGCUGGAAAAUCUAGUAAGGGUUUUGGUUUUGAUAUUGACAACACUAUUGGCAGUACUCCCCAGAUAAACAGUUGGUCUUCAGAUUGGAUUGAUUUUUUUUCCGAGCAUAGAUUGGGGUACCAACUAAAGUUAGCAUUAGACCAAUAUGGGGACUCUGCAAUAUACGAAAAAGGUCAAAGAUUGAUGAAAAAUCUGCAACCACUUUUUGAAGGAGUUGUCAUUGAGCCAUGCUUACUCCAUGGAGACCUGUGGAGUGGUAAUAUCAGCUCUGACAAGAAUGGGGAUCCUGUUAUAUUGGAUCCAGCAUGUUACUAUGGUCACACUGAGGCAGAAUUUGGAAUGUCAUGGUGUGCAGGAUUUGGAGGAGCCUUCUAUUCGUCCUACUUUGAGGUGAUGCCAAAACAGCCAGGCUUCGAGAAGAGGAGGGAUCUCUACAUGCUCUACCAUUACUUGAAUCACUACAAUCUAUUUGGUUCAGGGUAUCGCUCAUCAGCUAUGUCGAUCAUAGAUGACUACUUGAGGAUGCUCGAAGUGUAGAUUCUCCCACUGAACCAUGGAACCUGUGCUUGGAAUUCAGUCUAUUAGAAACCCAUAGCUGCUUGUAAAUUCCGCUGUAAUUGAAGUGUAGAUUCUUUGGCCACCACGCCACUUGGAUUGUUGUGUUGUUCACGAAGGAAUUGUUCCGUGUGCAAACACUCAAGAUUGUGAAGCUAAUUUUCUUAUAAAAUAUAAUUGCUUCUCACGAA